UAGUCUACAAAGUAAAUCUAGAUCAACAACACCUUAACAUGCCACCACCACAGCUCUCUCCAGCCAUCCAAAGCAUCUCUAAUGUCCGGUUACACUCCAACAAUCCAAAGACCACACCAUCAACAUACGGCCUCACCUUCUCAGACCAACAGACCCUCCAAUCCCUCCUCCCAACUACAUCUUCCAAUAACUCCCCGCUCGCCCUCCCUGCCCUAACCCACCCUCACAUCCACCUCGACAAGGCCUACAUCCACAACUCCCCAAGCUACACCAACCACCACCCCAAAACCGGCUCCUUCCAAGAAGCCCUCACCCUCACCACCCAAGCCAAAUCUAUCUUCACCCUCCCCGACCUCCACGCCCGAGGCGAAUGGCUCCUCUCCGAAUCCCUCCUGAAUGGCGUAACCGCCCUCCGCGCCUUCAUCGAAAUCGACCACACAGUCCACCACAAAUGCCUCCACACUGCACUCACCCUUAAAUCCCAAUGGCGCACCCACUGCCACAUCCAAGUCGUCGCCUUCGCCCAGGAUCCGCUCUUCUCAGGCCCCUGGGCCGCUGAAAACCGCCACGAAAUCCAAUCCGCACUACAACACCACCCGGACAACAUAGACGUUAUUGGCUCCACGCCAUACGUCGAGUCCGAUCGCACCGCCGCGGAGCAGAAUAUCCGGUGGGCGAUCACCACCGCCCUAGAGUGGGAUAAGCAUGUUGAUUUUCACCUCGAUUAUAAUCUUGAUCCUGGCAAGGGGGCGCUGGUUUGGUUCGUGUUGGACUGUUUACGGGAAUAUGGGUGGGUGGAGCGGAGUCGGAAGAGGGUGAUGUUGGGGCACUGUACGCGGUUUACGCUUUUUGGGCGCGAUGAGUGGGACCGCCUCGCCCGUGAGGUUGAGGGUUUGCCUGUUAGUUUUGUCGGAUUGCCUUCUAGUGAUUUGUACAUGGCUGCGCCUGUUGGUUCUUCUUGUUGUUCGGAGGAGGAGAGGGCUGGGGAUCGGGAUCGGGAUCGGGUACGGGGCACGUUGAGGGUUCCCGAGUUGGUGAAGCGGUACGGGCUUGAUGUUUGUUUGGGGGUUAACAAUGUCGGGAAUGCAUUUACGCCUUGGGGGUCUGUUGAUCCGCUUGCUUUGGCGUGUUUGGGGGUUGGGGUUUAUCAGGCGGGGACUGCGCAGGAUGCGGAGUUGUUGUAUGAGUGUGUUUCUACGAGGGCUAGGGCUGCGAUAGGUUUGGAAGGGGAUGAGGGGUUAUGGGUUAAGGAGGGGAGGGCGGAUUUGGUGUUGUUUUUUGACGUGGAUGAGACUGGGUGUGGGGUUGUGAGGCCUCGAGGGAGUGUUGCGGAGGUUGUUUGGGAUCCUCCGGCGCGGGUGGCCAGGGCGGUGGUUGUUGGUGGGCGCUUGGUGCGUGGGAGGGCUGCUUUGUGGGAUGAUGAGGCGUUUCGGUUUGUGUAGCGGUUAAGAAUGUAGAUUCAGAACUGAGUAUAUCAUGAUCUUCACAAAGCAGUAAAUGCUCGACAUCUAGCGUAAUAUGACAUCUAAAAUGAAAGAAAAUGGCCUCAUAGGUAGAAAGAUCCAGUAAAAUACUCCGUAUA